UUGUGAAAUAUAUCUCAAACUUGCAUAAACAUAAUAUAGAAGCAAGCAAAAUACCCAAAUAGAAUUAAUUAUAUUGCCCUGAAAAAUAUGAAGACUACUUACUUGUUUAUCACAGCCUUCUUGGCCUUAGCAUCAUCAUGUGCCUUUGCCUUUGAUCCAAGCCCUCUACAAGACUUUUGUGUGGCAAUCAAUGAUACCAAGAAUGGUGUGUUUGUGAAUGGAAAAUUCUGCAAGGAUCCAAAGCUUGCUACAGCUGAUGAUUUCUUUUUCUCAGUGAAAGAAGGAAACACAUCAAAUUCAGUUGGUUCAAAAGUGACACCGAUUGGUGUUAAUGAGAUAUUAGGAUUAAACACUCUUGGUAUCUCUCUUGCUCGUGUUGACUUUGCGCGUAGGGGACUCAAUCCUCCACAUACUCACCCUAGAGCCACUGAGAUUCUUAUAGUUUUGGAGGGAACUUUGUAUGUUGGUUUUGUUACAUCUAAUCCACAAAACCGUCUCAUCACAAAAGUUCUCAACAAAGGAGAUGUCUUUGUGUUUCCAAUUGGUCUCAUUCACUUCCAAUUCAAUGUCGGAUAUGGAAAUGCAGUUGCCAUUGCCGGACUUAGCAGCCAGAAUCCCGGUGUCAUCACUAUUGCUAAUGCCGUAUUUGGAUCUAAUCCAAAAAUAUCUUUACAAGUUCUCUCUAAAGCUUUUCAAGUGGACAAUAAUGUAGUCAACAAUCUUCAAAAACAAUUCUGGUAUGACAACAACUAGAAGUUAGUUGUAUGUUUUGUCGACUAUGAAUUUAUCUAAUGUAACUAUAUUGAUCAUUGUAAUACUUAUAAUUAAAUAAAAAUACACACUUCAAUAAAAUGCAAGGAUUGAUAUAUGUUCCUUGCUCUUAUAUUCA